AGCCAGCAACCUUAUUAAUUAAUAAUCUGCAGAAGAACAUAGACAAGACAUGAUUUCAGGCGCCAAUUCUUGCUUCCCUAAUGCCUUGUAUGGCGUUAACGAAGACUUCCUUGUUUCUGCUAUCCCCGGCUCCGACCUGGCUCCAGCGAACUCUCUCCCUUACGGCCUCUCCGCCCUGAAAGAGAAGGUUAACCAGGUGCAAUCGCUGCUCGACAUCUUCGUCUCCUCCGAUCAUCAGACGUCCCGGCCGCCCCAGUCCCCGCCCGCCGAGUCAACGGCCAUGGCCGUCGCCACCAUGGCCGGCCUCAUCCAAGAAAUCAUUGUCACUGCUUCGUCCAUGAUGUUCGCUUGCCAGCAGAUGGCUCUGAGUCCGUAUGCCGUGGUCUCCAGUGCUGCAGAUCAGGCGUUGCAGUCCAUGCAACACGAACACGCUCGUCUUGUUCACAUGGACGUCGGAGAAAGAGGGCAAGGCUUCUUCCCAUGCCAAGAAGAUCUCGAUCACUGCGAUAACUACAACACAAGCAAUCAAAGCGACGGAACCAAUCAUGUCGCCGUAGUUGUUAGCAAGAAUCACGAAGAGAGGAGGAGGGAUUUGGGGCAAGAUGAAAGUUCAUCGCCAAAGCAGUACGAUAUCAUAGAGCUGGAAGCCGCCGAUUUACUGGCCAGGUUUUCGCAUUACUGCAAAGUUUGCGGGAAAGGGUUCAAGCGGGACGCGAAUCUGAGGAUGCACAUGAGGGCUCACGGCGACGAGUACAGAUGCUCCGCCGCUCUGACCAACCCCACGAAGAACAACGCCAGCGGCGGCGAGAGGAAGUUGCCGAGGAAAUACUCGUGCCCGCAAGAAGGGUGCCGGUGGAACCGGAAGCACGCCAAGUUUCAGCCAUUGAAGUCGAUGAUUUGCGUGAAGAACCACUACAAGAGGAGCCACUGCCCGAAGAUGUACGUCUGCAAGAGGUGCAACAGGAAGCAGUUCUCGGUGCUGUCCGAUCUGAGAACUCAUGAGAAGCACUGCGGCGACCUGAAAUGGCGGUGUUCUUGCGGCACCACAUUUUCCCGGAAAGAUAAGCUUAUGGGUCAUGUUGCUUUGUUUUCCGGGCAUGCUCCGGCCUGCGGUGAGAAAUAUGGGGCAAGCUCAACAACAAGAUCGAUUGCAAAUUAAUUAUGUGUGAUUAUUAGAUUAGAUGUAGAUAAAUAGGUGAGAGUUUUAAUCUAGCUAAUUAAUUAUGUCUAAUUUUGAUGCAUUAAGUUGUGAGUUUUAGGGUUUAUAUAUAUAUCCAUUAGGUAAUCAAUAAUAAUGUUGAAUAAAAAUAAUUUCUAUGUAAUUUAUGA